UUAAAUUAACCUCAAAAUUAAGUUAAAUAUUUCAAAUAUAUUUUUAUUAUUUCGUUAUUUUAAAAAUGACGGCAAAUAUUGAGUCUGGUGUACAGUUAUACGCGAGAAUUCGCGAAAAUUCAAUACCUACAAAGUUAAAGUACCCGAUUUUCGAAAAUACCGUUGAUCCCAGUGAUUUAAUUGAAAUUACCGGAGAUGAUAAAGCUGGAAAUGCGUUAAUUUUGGAUUUUAUAAUUCAAUCAAUAACCCCUGAAGAAUACGGCGGAAAUGGAACGAAUACAAUUUUUGUAAACACCGAACAUCAACUUACAAUCCCAAUUUUUAUAAGGGGGUUAAAAAGUUUCAUGAAACAUCACAAAAUAGAGAAUGAAAGCUUCAUAGACGAUUGUAUGAAAAACUUGAGCAUUAUAAAUUGUUAUAGUAGCGACAAAUUAAAAUUUACGUUUAUGCAUAUAGAAAGAUUGUUGUUGGAAAACAUUGAAAUUAAGUUAGUUGUUAUCGAUUCAAUGUUUACUUAUUAUUGGAUGGAUAAACCGACUGUUGGAACAUUGACAAGUUUUCAAAAGUACUGUGCUAAUAACAUUAAUUAUUUAUUAAAUGUUAUUAAAGAUCUAAAUGUCGUUUUGAUUUGUAAAAGUAUUAAUAAGAAUUUGAAAUCAAAUUACAAUGGAUCUAAACGUAAUUAUAUUCUAAAUAUCUCGGAAAAUGGAGAAAAUAUGUAUAAAGUUGAAAUAUUUGAAGAUGGUGUUUCUAAAAAUCAAAUACAAUUAGAAGUAAAACCUUUUGUUAGGCUCUCUAAGUAAAAAAUUUUUGAUUAUGUAUGCA